AUGGAGUCUGAUGGUAGUCCAGAGCUGCAGAAGAGCACCAAAAAUCGAAGGGAACGAGCUCUCAAAACCCUAAAAGAAUCUCCAGCUGAGGAUAGAGCGGAACGCCUUACAAUUAGCCAAGUCAUGGCCCUCUCGCUGGUGGUAUUGGCCAUAUUUGACCGUUGUUUCUUACGAGCACAAGGCACUAUCAUCUUGUGCUGGGUCAUCAUGUGGAACACAGGCAGAAAACCGCUCGGGAGGCAGCUUUCCAACAGGAGAGUCGUUCGUAGACUCCUCCUGGACUGUGACCAUGUGGCAGGUUUUUGGCAUCUGGAAAGCCUUCUUGAGGCUUUCCAGGACUUUUUCAUCCCCAUAUCCAGUGACUCACUUGUCCAAAACAUUGCCGAAUUUAAUAAUCCAAGGAAAUCUUUAUAUACAACAGUUACAAAACUUGUAGAAAAUUCUCUUGACUCAGCAGAGUCCAUAUCUGAGCUUCCAUGGAUUGAAAUUACAAUUGAAGAGAUCAGUAAAACCAAGUUUAAUUCCAUGAUUGGGCUUAUUGACCAUAAAUGUGUCGAUGAAGAGCUGUAUGAUGAUUUCAAAACUGUUAAGGCCCGAGAGAAACAUCUUGCGAAGGAAGCUCGAGAUCAGGAGAUUCAAGCAAAGAAUAUUGCUCAUGGAAAGAUGAUAAAAGAAACUUCAAAGAGCACCAAAAGUCGGGGCAAUGCUUCAUUUUUCAGGGUGACUCGUAAAGACAAUGGAAAAGGCAUGCCACAUGAGGACAUGCCAAAUAUGUUUGGAAGGGGUUCGGUCAUCAUAAUGUUUCCUUCAUAUACCUUCAUUAUGGGAAAAGAAUUGCAUCACAUGGUUGUUGGACUUGGGGCAAAAAUGGAAUUUAUUUGGUCCAAGAUGAGUACAGGGCUUCCUAUUGAAAUUUUGUCAUCAUUGAGAGGCCAGAAUUAUAUGUCAUUCUGUCGGUUGGAUAUUGAUAUUCAUAGGAAUAUUCUUCAUGUUCAUAUACAUGAGAAGCGGGAGAACCAGGAACAAUGGCAUGGAGCAGAAAUUCCGGUCAUUAUAGAAGGGAACUGGACCACAUAUAGAUCAAAGAUUCGACAUUAUAUUCAUCAGAUGGUUGAUACUCCCUAUGCACAGUUUCUUUUUAAAUUCAUUUCAAAUGCAGCAGAUAAAACUGUCACUAUACAUUUUGCUCGAAGAACAGAUGUAAUGCCUCCAGUUCCUGUAGAAACAAAGCACCACCCAUCUGCUGUGGAUAUACUACUUAUCAAACGCCUUAUUGCAGAGACUUCCAAGCAAAAUCUGUUGCAAUUCCUCCAUCACGAAUUUGUGAACAUUCGUAAAUCUUAUGCAGAGCGUCUAAUUGGAGAAAUGGGUUCGGAUUUCAACCCUAAAAUGGCUGUGAAAUCCCUCUCAUCUCAGCAAGUAGUUCGUAUUAAUCAAUUGUUCCGCCAGGCUAAAUUUGCUGAUCCUAGUGGUGAUUGUCUUAGUCCAGCAGGAGAGUACAACCUUCGUCUGGGGAUCAUCAAGGAGUUGCUCCCUGACAUGGUUACAACCUAUGCUGGAAGCGGCCCUCAAGUGUUUGAAGGUCAUCCAUUUAUUGUUGAAGCAGGAGUAAGCCUGGGUGGGAAAGAUGUUAAGCAAGGUUUGAACAUAUUUCGUUUUGCUAAUCGUAUUCCACUUCUUUUCGAGCAAGGAGCUGAUGUUGUCACCAGGACUGCUGCAUGGAUGAAUAGCUGGAGUUGCUACAAGAUAAACCAAAACCAAGAUAAGAUGGGUGUCUUUGUUAGCAUUGUUAGUACAAAAAUACCCUUCAAGGGAACUGGAAAGGAAUACAUUGGUGUUGAUAUAAAUGAAAUUGUUUCCGCUGUAAAGACUUCCAUUCAACAAUGUUGUAACCGGUUGAAGACAAAGAUAGUGAAGAAACUUCAAGCUCGUGAACGACUGGAAAGGAAGCGAAAUUUGACCAGAUAAGUCCUCUCCUCUCUCAGUAUACUGCCCCAUUGAAAUCUCUGCUGAGAAUGAGUAAUCGUAAUGGAGAUUCCUACUGAUUACUUUACCAGCUUGAUGAAAGAUUUUUAAAUUAAUGGAAAACACUAAAGCACACUUAAGUUUUAUGGAAUAUUCCCUUAUUUUCAAUCAUGGCUAUACAAACUUUCAGCAUUUGAAACGGUUUUAUGAUCAUAAUAUUCCCUUUAUUGCAAUCUUGCUUCAGCCCCUCGUUGCAUCUGUUCUCGCUACUUUAGCGUCAUUUGAACCCUUGUAGACAUUUUGUGUAUGUUAUCAUGUUUUACAUUUCCUUUUCCUCUGUAGGACCUUUUUGUGAUCACUGUGUCAAUUGAUCUUGUUCUUUUUCGCCCAUUGAUUAUUUUCUAUGACAUUUUUGGCCUCUUUUAGCUACAUUUCCGAUGCUUCUAGGUCAAUAUAAGAAAGAGAAUGUGAAAGAGAAUGUCCAAAAUAUAAUGAGAAGCCUCUCGCUCUUUUUUUCCCUUUUAACAGUUUUACAUACAAGACUAUAUAGACUUAAAUUUAAAGAAAGCUGAAAAUGAUUAUAUAUAUUUCCUCUGUAGGACC